AUGUUUAUGAUUCCCAAGUUUUCAAAGGCUGUUGCCACUGCUGGAAGACGCUUCGCUGCUCCCGCUGCUUUCGCUCGCUGCUUCUCGCAGAUUACCUAUGGUCCUUCGCAGGCCUUCGUCACCAAGCCUGCUCCCACCUUCAAGGCUCCCGCUGUUGUCGAUAACGACAUCACCACUGUGAAUCUGGAGGAUUACAAGGGCAAAUACGUGGUGCUGUUCUUCUAUCCUAAGGAUUUCACCUUCGUCUGCCCCACUGAAAUUAUCGCUUUCAGCGACCGCGUUGAGGAGUUCCGCAAGAUCAACACGGAGCUGAUUGCCUGCUCGUGCGAUACUGUGGAAUCGCACCUCGCCUGGAUCAAGACUCCCCGCAAGAAGGGCGGUCUUGGCAACAUGAAGAUCCCCAUCAUUGGCGACAACACCAAGGAGAUCGCCUCGAAGUACGGCGUUCUGCACAAUGAGCUGGGCAUCGCUCUGCGCGGUCUGUUCAUCAUCAACCCUCAGGGUGUGAUCGAGAACAUCACGAUGAACAACUUCCCCGUGGGCCGCAGCGUGGACGAAACGCUCCGUCUGGUGCAGGCCUUCCAAUUCGUCGCGGAGCACGGCGAAGUGUGCCCGGCCAACUGGAAGCCCGGUGAAAAGACGAUCAACACCAAGGGAGACAACAGUCUGGAGUAUUUCGGAAGCGGUGCGACGGAGAGCAAGGAGGAUGAGCACCUGAUGGGCGAUGAUGUGGUGCAGGUGCGCGAUGAGAAGCAUUUCAAGGAGCUGCUGAACGGAUCGAAGCAGCUGGUGGUGGAUUUCUACGCGCCGUGGUGCGGCAAGUGCAAGAUGAUCGCGCCGUUCUACAACAAGAUGGCUGCGGAGAACAAGAACGUGGUGUUCGCAUCGGUCGAUACCACCGACGAGAAGCUCGAGAAGUUCGCGGCGGAUUACGGCGUAAAGCACAUUCCUUCGUUCCACUUCUACAAGAACGGAAAGGAGGCUGCCGCCGAGAUUACGGGAUAUAAGAAGCAGCUGAUCGCUAAGCAGGUCAAGGAUCUGUUCAACUAGUUAAUUUAAUUUAUGAUAAAUAAAUUUGCUCUGUUGUAAU